AUGUGGCUGUCGAGCUGGCUUGGCGCUGCGUGUCAUGGAGGUUGUUGCACAUCCGGAAGUCCAACCGAGAACCUGGUGCGCGAAGAGAGCGUCGAGGCGGAUGCCGACUUCUGGACUGACCUCCAGGGCUUCUGGUACCUGCGCAGCGACAACCGCUGCGUCGGCGAGAUCGUCGAGAACCGCGUUGUCUGGCACAUCCAAUGGCAACGAUCGGACACGGCGACUACUACUACCUUGCAUGCCAUGUCGUUCGACACACUGAGCUGCACAAUUGACAACGCUUUUUUCACGGGCUUCGUGCUCCGGGACGCACAAACCUCCAUACAAUGGAGUGACGGCGACGUUUGGCUGCGCAAGUAA